CUAAAACUAUCAAAACUAUAAACUAUAAAAGCAAACACCAAAACCCCAUAAACCCUUUCCAAAGCUGCAAAUUCGCCGCUGCCGGAGCACUUCUUUUCAGUCGCUCAGGCCAUCUUCCACUCUAUACGGGACAAAUUGAUAUCAAGAUCCCGUGGUUGAUACUGUGUGAUUUAGCGAAGAUAGUAAGGUGGAGCAAGGAUUUGAAUUUUUUUGAAGAAAUUGCAAGGUGCCUGAUUUCUUUUUCCUGUGAGAGAUAGAGAGAUGAUAAGGGGAGGAAAGAGCUUUGUUUCUUCACCACCUGCGUUUUCAAAUGACGCAAAGAAACUGUUGGUUUGCACUGGAAACACCGUUUCCAUUUUCAGCACCACUACUGGUUUACAGGUAUUGGAAUUGGAAGGUCACACAGCACUAGUGACAUCUAUAACAGUAGUACCUGCAUCCACUCCUGCAAGCAGGAUUUUAUGCAAUUGCUGGACCACUUCACUUGAUGGCACUAUCAAGUAUUGGGAUUUCUCUAUGCCUGAGUUGAUGAAAACAAUUAGUAUCCAGCUUCCAAUCUACUCAAUGGUGAUUCCAUCCUUACUUGCUCAACAGUCAGAGACCAAUGAACAGCCUUCUGAUAUAUAUGCUUAUAUCUCUGUGAAAGAUACAAAAAAUGAAGCAAAUAAGCAAAAAAAAGAAUUAAGUGGAAAGAUCCUCAAGUAUAAUUUGUCCAAGUCUCGCCUGGUUCGUGGAGUCGUAUUGUCAGAGAGUAAAAAACCAGAGAACAUAACCAUAUCUUCAACUGGAAAGUACUUUGGCAUCCAUGAAAAACGCAAGCUUCGUAUAUGGGAAGUGCCUCCAAAAGACAAUAAGAAUAUUAAUCAUCGCAAGUUAAGACUAUCACACACCAAGAACAUGACAUGUGUCGCCUUUCAUCCAACCGAUAGGAUUGUGGCAGCUGGCGAUGUGACAGGGAGGAUUUUAAUUUGGAGGGGUUUUGGUGAUAGGACAUUUGCAGGUGAUAAUGGAAGAUUUUUGAAGGAUGAUGAUGAGGAAAACCCUGGUGUUAGGGGUGAUGGAGAUGCUGAUUCUUGCACCACUUGGCAUUGGCAUUCAGCAGAAGUUAAGGUCUUGUUUUUCUCUUCAGAUGGAGCCUAUCUGUAUUCAGGUGGAAAAGAAGGAGUGCUUGUGGUAUGGCAACUGGAUACUGGAAAGAAGAAGUUCUUACCCAGAAUAGGGACUCCACUUGUUAAUUUCACAAGUUCUCCAGAUCCUUCUCUUUCAUCUAUAUCUUGUGCAGAUAAUCGAAUUCAUAUUCUGAAAAUGCCAUCAAUGGAGAUUUUGAAGUCCAUUUCUGGGAUCAAGUUUCCUUCUUCAAUCCCAGAGACUCUUAAAGGCUCAAGUCAAGAUUUUGUGUUUGACCAUACUUCAGGAUUGGUUGCUGUUCGUACAGAGAAUUAUUGUAUUCAAUUCUACAGUUUGUUUGAUGAUCGUGAGAUAUCAGAGGUUCAAGUUUGUGAAAGAAAUCAUCAACCAAGUGAUGAUGUCAUGACGAUUUUGAAUAAAGUUGCACUUUCAUAUGAUGGGUGUAUGAUGGGAACUGUUGAAACCAGAAUGUCUGAAGAAGGAAUAGGAGGCUUUGUAACACUCAAGUUUUGGGAACGUGGGCCACACAACAAUGAUUUCACCUUGUCUACUGUUAUAUAUGAGCCCCACAGGGAUGCAAGAAUUUCUGCAGUUGCUUUCCAUCCAAAUGGCAGCAUGGCUGUGAGUGCUUCUUAUGGUGGUGACUUCAAGGUUUGGGUUAGCAAUGGGAAUGGUGAAGAUAAGUUGAGAUGUAGAUGGGCAUGUCAUGCUGUUGGUUCAUACAGGAAGAAAGCUAUGACUGCUGCUGCAUUUUCUGGUGAUGGUUCUGUAUUGGCUGUUGCUGCAGAAACUGUCAUCACAUUGUGGGACCCAGAGAAAAACAUACUCGUGGCUGUAAUUGGCUCUGCUCUUGAGUCAAUUGUAAAUCUUUCAUUUAUUGGAGAUUCCAAGUUUCUUGCAUCUGCAUCGCGAGUUGGUUCAAAUCCACAGCUUUCAGUUUGGAGUAUGUCAAAGCUGUCGCUAUCCUGGUCAUACAAACUUCACAUAGAAGGUAUAGCAUGCUCAGAAAAAGAUUCCCUUUUAGCCGUGCUUGUUGUUCUCCCUGAAUCAACAUCUAAAACUCACAACACCACUGGAAGUGGAACUGGUAGUGGGGCUAUCCUACUAUUCAAUGCUGAAGAUCCUGUUCCUAUUGCUUCAUGGUUUGUCACAAAGGCAAAGGGAGGGGGGGUUGCAUUUAUCCAAAGAAGCAGUAGAGAAUUGGUUGCAUAUGUAAAUGGGGAUCAUGAGUAUGCUAUUUUUAACCCAAAUAGCCAAGAAGAGGAAGAGAAAUAUGAACGUAAAUUUAGGGACACAGUGGAACAGGGGACAGGGCAUCAUAUUGGGGGGUAUGCGUCCAUGUAUGGGGAGCUACCUGAGUUGAAGAUGAGGAGGAAAGCAAUUGAAGCAUCUGUUGCAGAGAGUGUGAUGGGGGUUUCAGAGAGGCCAUGGGAGACGAUAUUUAGUGGGCCAUCUCAUAGUCUUCCUCCUCUCACCAAACUGUGUUCUGUUUUUCUGGAAUCAUUAAUGGAGAAAAGAAGUGGUAUGGUAGAGUAGAGUAGAGUAGAAGAUAUAUUCAAAAAUACAACUCAAGGAAGGGUAUGCAGAUGAGUAGCUUAGCUGGCUAUGUGGCAUAUGCAUGCCUGGAAUCUAUUUCAAGGGUGGGUUUUUGUUCACUAAUCUGUCCGAUGCUACUUGUUCUGCAUUCAGCAAACUUUUUUGUCAACUAAUUCAGAUAGAUAAAUAGCUAGCUAGUCCAGGUCCAUUUUUGCUGUGUGUGUGUAUUUUUUUUAAGGAUAUGAAAAUUUGUAUGAUAUUCUACUUAUAUUGGUGUAUGGUAUGGAGUGAAAAGUACUUAACCAGGC